UCUCAUUCACCGCUCGGCGGCCGUUGAGUACGCUGGUGAUUUACACACGCAAAAAUCGUAAACUUUACGUUUAUUUAUCGUUAUUAUUUUGUGUUGGAAUAUCGGUGGCGAACUGUAUUAGAACAAGUGUGAAUUUGUGAAUAAAAAAUUUGUUGUGAAAAAGGAUUGUUCCCGCUGUUUUCCUGUAAUAUCUGUGAUUACCAUACAACAUGCCUACCCAAGCUCGCUGCGACAGAGUGCCCCCCCCUCACGCCAAGUGGGAUGCCCUCGACCUUCGAGUGCUGCAGGAAGAUGACUUGCCUCUCGACCCUCGCUCCUGGGGCCGUGCGGAGGUGGGAACGUGGGUGUCCCGGCGGGGAGGACUUCCCGAGCGCUUCCCCAUGAACGGGAAGGCGCUGUGUCUCAUGUCCAAAGACAUGUUCGCUUCUCGAGUACCACAUAACGGACAUGCCUUACAUCAGGAUUUCAGAAGAAGAUUAGCCAAAGCAUUAGCGUUACAAGAAUUACUUGAAAAGAUCUCCCAUCACUGACUUAAACCUUACAUAAUAACGUUUAGAGGCUUUAUAUAUUAAAACUAUACGCUACUGACUUCAAUAACUGCUCACAGAACAUUACGGC